AGUGAAUUACUUGUCUCAGAGCUGCCUCCUAUCUACGACGGUCGGAUUAUUACAGACAGAAAGAGUGAAUUUCAAGGGCAUUUGGCGCCAGUUUAUCAUAUAAAACAAGUGCACAUGGUGGUGAAUAAGCUGAAGGAAAAUAAAAAAAUAGCAGACGCCACCCAUAACAUCAUAGCCUACAGGAUUGACUCGGAUAUUGGUGGGAAAAACUCCGGCUCAUAUGACGACGGUGAACACCAUGCUGGCAACAGAAUGCUCCAUCUAUUAGAACAAAUGGAUGCCAAAAACGUCUUGGUUGUUGUUUCGAGAUGGUACGGCGGCAUUCAUUUAGGACCCGACCGUUUCAGGCACAUCAAUGCCUGCACGAAGGACUUGCUGGAAGAACACGGAUACAUGCGACAGAAAGUUGUCCUAAUUACUUUUAUAAUUAUUAUUAAUUACUUUUAG